AGCAGUCAGUUGCUUUCAGUUUCUCAGUGGAGAGCAUACGCGUAAAGUCUCUCGCCUCUUCUCUCCAUUCACUUGACUGGCAUCCGAGCCCAGUUCUUCGCAAUGGAGAGCGCUUUCGACAACUUGGACGCAGCAGGAUUUCUGGAAAUUUGGCAACAUUUUGAUUCUGAUGAUAAUGGCUAUAUUGAGGGGAAGGAACUCGACGAUUUUUUCCGGCAUAUGAUGGAGAAACUGGCACCCCAGGAUCAGGUAACAGAAGAGAAGGUCCAGCAGCUCAAGCAGCGCUUCAUGUCCGCCUAUGAUGACUCAGCAGACGGGCGUCUACAAAUUCAAGAGCUGGCAAACAUGAUUCUCCCAGAGGAUGAGAACUUCCUGUUGGUCUUUCGUAGGGAAACCCCUCUGUAUAACAGCGUUGACUUUAUGAAGAUCUGGAGGAAGUAUGACAUGGACAGCAGUGGCUAUAUCAAUGCCAUGGAGUUAAAGAGUUUCCUAAAGGACCUGUUUGCCCAGCAUAAAAAAGAUGUCCCCUCCUCUAAGUUGGAUGAAUACACAUAUGCCAUGAUUAAAACUUUUGACAAAAAUAAAGAUGGGCGUUUGGAUCUAAAUGAUUUAGCCAGGAUUCUGGCUUUACAAGAAAACUUCCUGUUGCAGUUUAAGAUGGAUGCAUCCAGUCAAGAGGAUCGGAAACGUGACUUUGAAAAGAUAUUUUCCCACUAUGAUGUUAGCAAGACUGGAGCCCUAGAGGGGCCGGAGGUGGACGGCUUCGUAAAGGACAUGAUGGAGCUGGUCAGGCCCAACAUCACUGGACCUGAGCUGGACAAGCUUCGGGCCAUCCUCUUGCGCCACUGCGACGUCAACAACGACGGGAAGAUCCAGAUUAACGAGCUGGCCCUUUGUCUGGGGUUGAAGUCCAAACCCUGAAGUUCUGGCCUACUGCUCGGGCUCAUCUGGGUGUCUGUGAAAAGCACUGACAGGAUCUGCAUGGGUCAACGGACCAAGUUAGGAAGUGUAUGUAUUUGUGUUAGACUUAUAUGAACUGUUUUUGUGCAUAUAAAGAAGAGAUGAAGCUACUCGAUAUUUCCCUUUGUAGCAAUCCAUUUUUAAGCUUUGUGAAUUGUGAGUGUUGUGUUACUACUUCAGAUAGCUUUCUUGCUGUAGGUAAAUACCUAUUAAAACUGCAAAUCAAUUGAA